AUGACUCGAUAUAAAGACAUUCUUCCAGAUCUUUCUGAUGAGGUUUUCCGUAACUUAGAUCCUAGGCACGAUCUUUUACAAAAAAGAGUAUCUGCAUAUCCUUUUGAUUCUAAAAUUAUUAACGCUAAGGACGCGGCAUUAAUAGCGAGUUGGAUUGAUAACAAACAAAAAACACCUUAUUGUUUUAAGGAUAUACCUUUUAAAUUCAAUCUUAUUUAUCGUGCAAGCCAAGAAAAUUUUAGUAUUAGUAAUAACGUAGAAUUAACAAACAAUAGAGAUUGGUUACCGUCUAAUGGUUAUAAUAAUAAUUAUAGGUGCAAUGAUAAAGGGCCGUGCUUUGGCUUACAAGAUUUGUGGAUACAAAAUAACUCUUCACGAAGAUCUGCUAGUGGUAUAAGCAAGCAACACUCUUAUGAAAUGGGAAUUAUUGAUAAAGAUACUUUUGAAAUAGAAGAAUAUGAA